AUGAAGGCACUUCUCAUUCUGGAGUUCCUCUUGCUUUCUGUCAGUGUUCAGGCCAAGGUCUAUGAACGCUGUGAGUUUGCCAGAAUUCUGAAAAGCAACGGAAUGGAUGGCUACAGGGGAGUCAGCCUGGCAGAUUGGGUGUGUUUGGCUCAGCAUGAGAGUAACUUUAACACUCGAGCUACAAACUACAACUCUCGAGGCCAAAGCACCGACUACGGGAUAUUUCAGAUCAAUAGCCGAUACUGGUGCAAUGAUGGCAAAACCCCGAAAGCAGUGAACGCCUGUGGGAUAUCCUGCAGCGCUUUGCUCCAGGAUGACAUCACUCAAGCCAUCAAGUGUGCAAAGAGGGUUGUGAGGGACCCACAAGGUGUUAAAGCAUGGGUGGCAUGGAGAAAGCGCUGUCAAAACCGAAAUCUCACCCCGUAUAUUCGGAACUGUGGAGUCUAA